GAAAUUCCAGUUCUUAUGCAGAAUAACAGCCUUUUACACCUACUAUCCACACUGUAUAAGAGGCACCUGGUUUUCAAAGAAAUUACUGCCACUCAUUAUUCAUAUCAUGAAGCUGCAUAUGAUCAUUUUUAUUGUCUGAAGCGUUGCUUGAGAUCAUGGAAGAGGAUGUUUUUCCCGAUAUUAUUACUCACAUUCUUUGCCAGUGGGCACUCUGUACCUUCCCAAGAUACUAAACAAUCCUCCCCAACAGUCGCUGCUCCCUUUGGCAAAUUUCAAGGGGCCCUCUUAGAAAACUCAUUUGGAAAACCGAUUUUUUCGUUUAGAGGUAUAAGAUAUGCUGAACCUCCAGUGAAGAAUUUACGAUUCCAGCCCCCUGUUCCUAUCAAAAAAUACGAAGGCUUAUACGACGCUACAAAGGAUGGACCUGCUUGUCCCCAACCGAACCUAGAAGACCCAAUAUCUGAAGAUUGCCUCUUCCUAAAUGUUUACACAACUAAGUUACCUGAUGGGAAAGAGAAUCCAAAGAGACCUGUAAUAAUUCAUUUCCAUGCUGGUGGUUUCUACGGUGUCAGUAGUAGAAGCAACUGGGGUGGGCCUCAAUAUUUCAUGAACCAAGAGAUCGUUUUGGUCACUCUGAAUUAUAGGCUAGGAGCUCUUGGUUUCUUGAGUACCGGCGACAAGGAAGCCAUUGGAAACAAUGGUUUGAAGGACCAAGUCGUGGCAAUGAAAUGGGUGAAGGAAAAUAUAGAAGCCUUUGGUGGUGAUCCCAAUUCUGUCACUAUCUUCGGUUAUAGUGCCGGUGCUAUGAGCGUCAGUCUCCAUUUGGUGUCUCCAAUGUCCAAGGGACUCUUCCAUAAAGCCGUCAUAAGCAGUUCCUCCAGCCUGGGAAAUUUCGCAUUAGGAUACAACCAAUUGGAUGUUGCCAAGAGGUUAGCCAAGAUUUUAAAAUGUCCAGAUGAUACAACGGCCAAUAUAGUGAAAUGCCUCAAGGAAAAAUCUGCUAAGGAAUUGGGAGAUUCCCUGUUGCCCCUAUUUGAGGUCGGUUAUGAACCUGUACUACUUUAUAAGCCAGUGAUCGAAAAGGACUUUGGCCAGGAAAGAUUCUUAACAGACCACCCUAUCAAACUCGUCCAAGAAGGCAAAUUCCAGAAUGUUCCAGUGAUGGCGGGUAUAACUGCUGAGGAGUUUGGCCACAAAUCCAUUGAUACGCUCCAGAAUCCUGAUACUUUGAAGAAAUUGAACGAUGAGUGGGAAAAAUAUGCCCCAGUAUUUUUCUUGUACGAAAGAUAUACAGAUCGCUCGAAAACUAUCAGUAAAGGUCUAAGGUCAUUCUAUUUCGCUGACAAGAAAAUUGACAAUUCUACCCAAGUGCAGUUAUCUGAGUUAUACAAUGAAGCCCAGAGUGGAUUCGCAGUUAAUAGAGCCGUUAAACUACUGGCAGAGAAAAACACACAACCCGUCUACUACUACAGAUUCAGUUACAAAGGAAGAUACAGUCACUAUUACUUACCAGGAACCAACAACACAGUUACUUAUGGAGCCGUUCACCACGACGACCUGAUUUAUCUCUUCUACAUUUCUGCCUUGUUCCCGAAAUUCGAGAAAACUGAUAAAGACUUCCAGACUGUCAUGAAAAUGACCACAUUGUGGAGUAACUUUGCGAGAACAGGAAAACCAAUCCCUGAGACUUGCGGAAGGGUGGAUUUUGCUGAAUGGGAACCUUACAAUUCCAAGACUCAGAAGUAUUUGGAUAUAGGGGAAACACUGAAGCCGAAAGAGAAACUCUAUGAAAAUCGUUACGCUGAAUGGGAAAAACUAUUUCCACUUUCUCAGUAUGACAAAGUGGAGAACAUAGCAUAUUGCAUGAUACGACAAGUUUUCUUACUUGUUUGCAUCGGGCUGGCCCUUGCCAGGCCAGAUGUUAAGACGGUCAUAAACAACGGGAUGACACCUAUUGUGUCAUCGCCAUUAGGACAAUACCAAGGAACACUGAUGACUACCAGAUUAGGAAAACAAAUAUUCUCAUUUAAGGGUAUACCUUACGCUCAACCCCCAAUAAAUGAGCUACGAUUCAAGCCUGCAGUACCAGUGGCUAAGCACGAGGGAGUGUUCAAUGCAUCUGAAGAUGGAGCAGCGUGUCCUCAAAACACUGUAGAUCCAAUUUCAGAGAACUGUCUCCUACUUAAUAUAUACACCACUAAACUUCCAAAAGGAACAGAACAACCAAAAUUACCAGUCAUUGUUUACAUCCACGCCGGAGAAUUCAGCAGUUUGUCCGGCAGGAGUAACAGAGCUGGCCCAGAGUAUCUUUUGGACCAAGAAGUGUUGUUGGUUACCUUCAAUUAUCGUUUGGGAGCACUAGGUUUCUUAAGCACCGGAGAUAAAGAAGCCCCAGGUAACAAUGGCUUGAAGGACCAAGUUCUUGCUUUGAAAUGGCUCAAGGAAAAUAUUGAAGCUUUCGGGGGAGAUUCUAAUUCAGUAACAUUGUAUGGGUACAACGCAGGCGCUAUCAGCGCUGCCUUGCACUUGAUGUCACCCAUGUCCAAAGGACUGUUCCACAAGGUUAUCAUAAGCAGUGGUUCUCCUUUGGGUCAAUGGCCUAUCGAACACAACCAAAUGAACAUGGCGAAGAAACUUGCUAAGGCAGUGGGAUGUCCAGAUGAUAAUUCGGCCAAUAUCAUAAAAUGUUUGAAGGGAAAGACCGCCAAUGAGCUGGGAGAUUCACAAUCCAAACUGGCUGAAUUCGGUAACGAACCUUUGCUUACUUGGAAGCCAGUGAUUGAAGAAGAUUUCGGACAGGAAAGGUUCUUGGUAGAGCAUCCAGUGAAUAUGGUACGAGAAGGCAAGUUUGAGAAAGUCCCAAUACUGACAGGAUUGACUUCUGAUGAGUUUGCAGGGAGAGCAGUAGAUAUCUAUAAGAAUGCCGACCUGCUAAAGCAACUAGACGAACAUUGGGAGAAGAAUGCACCAGUAGUAUUCAUGUACGAAAGAGACACUGAUCAUUCCAAGACCAUAAGCAAAGCUCUCAGGUCAUUCUAUUUUGGAGACAAGAAAUUUGAUAAUGCUACUUUGUCCCAUAUGACCCAGCUUUAUGCUGAUGCAUUGUCAGGCUUUGGGGUUAACAGGGGAGUCAAGCUUCUCGCUGAGAAAAACACCCAACCCGUUUACUACUAUAAGUUCAACUACAAAGGAAGAUACAGUCACUAUUACUUACCUGACAGCAAUGGAACUGUACCAUAUGGUGUGGUUCAUCACGAUGAUUUAAUCUACUUAUUUUACGUGUCUGCCAACUUUCCCAAGUUUGGGGAGAGUGACACCGAGACACCGACUGUUGAGAAAAUGACCACCAUGUGGGCUAAUUUUGCAAGAACGGGAAAACCGAUCCCCGAAACCAACGAUAAACUGGACAACGCAAAAUGGGAGCCAUUCAACAUGAAAACCCAGAGAUACUUAGAAAUUGGGAACAAACUGACGGUAGCGGAAAAACUGUUCGAAAAACGCUACGCAGAGUGGGAGAAACUGUUCCCCUUGACUUCUUACGACAAGUUGAAGAAGAAUAUGGGUUGAUUCAAUCACCUCUAACCUGACUUGUUUUGUAAAAUAUUUUGUUCAGUUUUUACACACAAAUAAUAAAGUUGAGAUGCAAUUUGAAAA